AUGUCUGGAUCACCUGUUUUUACUUUUGAAGGAGAGCUAAUUGGAUUUCUAGUUGGUGCAAAGAAGGAAAUUAACCUUAACAUUGUUCUUAGCAUCAAUCAUCCAACAUUUGUGAUUGAAUAUUUGAGUUUUCCAGCUCUUGAGUUACUCGAAUUACAUGAAGAUUAUUAUUUACCAUUGUUAAAACCGUUUAUUUCAAAGCAUUUCAAUUUAAUUGAAAGUACUGUAGAUGUCAACUUUAUUAACCAGGACCAGAGAGACAAUUUAGAAAAGGUUAAACUUAUUUACCAAAGAAUGGUCAAUGACUCGUUUUAUAAUUUGAGUGAAAUUAAAUUUCUACCACCAUUUGAAAUUGGCGCCUAUGAAGAACAUUUAAGAUUGAUUGAAGAAUCAUGCGAACCUAUCGCUAUAACCUAUUCUGAGUUGAGAUUGGUUUUAUGUUAUGAAAAAGCAAAAUUAUUCGAGAAUAGUAUUAAGGAUGAGUUGCUUAACAGAUGUUCCAAAGGAUAUAAGAAAACAGUUGAAAGAAUGCCACUUCAAACUUGUGAAAAGGUUUUUGAUUUUUACUUUCAAUUCUACAAUGAGAAUGUUGCAAAAAAGGAAAAGAAGUACUAG